CAUCAGCACCUUGAGUUGGGUGAAUGCGGUGCCGCAUUGAACAAAUUUACGGACACGUGUGCUACCAUAGUGCGCUGCAUAUUUUAUCUUCCCAACAAGGAAUCCCGCCGAAAUUGCAUCGGAUGACGUUUACAUGGCGUAAAGGCAUCAUGUGUGAAUAACACACGUACGCUAAGACUCUUCAAGUCUGGCGCGAUUACGUAGUGAUGCUCAUGUCCGGGAUACGGACGGGACGGGAGUCCUCGUGACUGCGGGAGGAAAAUGGGGAGACCGAACCUAGGAUAAAACUCCCUCCAAGGGAACACCAUGGCUUUAUAAUUAUAAUUCAAAACAAGCGGAUGCAUCAUGGGAGCGGCAUAGCGAGUUUUUCACAACAAACUGCUUUCAUUUCCUUUUGUUGUCGAUUGUUCCCUUUUCUCUCCUUACACCGCUGUGCUUCAUGAGACGUGUUUUCCGAGUUCAGGUGGGGGCUGUGAGGCUCUCUAGUGGAAACCCUGUGAAGAUACACUUCGAUGUGAGCAGGACUCGGAUUGUUUUGUCCUCCUCCGCGGAGUAGCUUUAAGGCCAAAGCUGCACCGCUCGCCUGCGGAUGCGGCAGCCUCUCGGCCUGCUAAAGGCUCUGGGUACCGCAAUGCCGCGGGGAUGGGGAGAGAGAGACGGCAGGUGGGCGAUGGAGCAAGCCAGAUCAAGGGAUAUUGGAGAAUGCAGAUGUACGACGCCAAGAAUAAAUGUUGACACGACAUAAGUGUGCCAGGUUUAGUUUUAACAGCUGUGGACUUAAUGUUAUACAGACCCCAGUAACUGCAUGUUUCAAAGAAGUAUCUUAACAUAUUAAACCGAAUCACAUAGUCCCAUCAUUUAGGAAGCAUUUCGGUAGCCAUCAUGCCUUCGCCGUCGGACUCCAGUAGCGUGGCCUCGAUGUCAGGGUCUCGAGGUUUGUCUGGUAGUCGCAGAGGAAUGUCUGGGCGGACCAGUGCGCGGGUGCUGCUGUACCUGGGCUUGUGUCACCUUGCGCUGGGGGCCAUGGUGCUGGCCUUCAGCUUCACAAGCCUCGCCUUCACCUCAUCACCCCGUGUCAGACAGUCCUGUCCUUUCUGGGCUGGCUUCUUUGUUGUAGCGUCCGGAGUAGUUGGUGUGAUAUCAUGGAGAAGACCCUUCACUCUUGUUGUGUCGCUGUUCAUGCUGCUGUCUGCAGUGUGUGUGAUUCUCAGUCUGGCUGGUUCCAUGCUCUCAUGUCAGAAUGCACAGAUGGUCAAAUCUUAUGUUACCUGUCAGAUGGAGAAUCGUCUGUGUCUUUGCUGUGAUCCCAAACAGACAUGCUCUCUAACAGAAGAUGAGACACUAGUGCUCUACCAACAUUCAGACUGCCACUCUGUGCGCCACCAGCUCAAGGAUCUGCUGUUCAGUGCCUGCGGUCUUAGUAUUCUCUCCACCAUUAUCUGCACCCUGUCCACGGUCACCUGCAGCAUUCAUAUCUUCUCUCUGGACUUACUGCAUCUACUGGCUCCGCAUCGCUCUCGCUCUGUAAACCCAGAAUGCACCACUCCUCAGGAUGCAUUUCUCAGUAACAUGAUGGACUUUGAGGAGUUUGUUCCUCCCAUUCCCCCACCACCUUACUACCCUCCUGAAUACACCUGCAGCUCUGAGACAGAUGCACAGAGUGUCACGUAUAAUGGAUCAAUGGAGAGUCCAGUACCUCUGUACCCAACAGACUGCCCUCCACCUUAUGAGGCAGUGAUGGGUCAAAGGGCUCCCAGUCAGGCCACAGUGUUUGACACUCAAGCUGGUGAGCUGUCUGGAGAGAGAGGAACAUCCACAGCAUUCAGUGGUGAAGUGUCAAUGGACAGUGGCUCUCUUUUGAUGUCUGAGAUUGUGGAUAUUCCAGAUGACAGCUCCCCAUCUGAGGACUCCUGCCUAAUGGAAGUGGGUGUCGGUAUGCGUGUGCGUCCACGGGGGAGCAGCGAGGGAGGGGAGGGGGUUGAGUACGACAGUGUCCGUUCUUCCACACAACAUCCUGAGGGAAUGGUGGCCACUCCUUCCGGAAGACGUUGUUUCAGAGGCGAGAGAUCGAAUUCCUGCUCCUCCCCAAGCACGUACAACACCUCUACCUACAGAUCCCCAGUGUUGAGGCGUCAAGCUCUGUUGGCGAGUAGCUGCUCUCAGUUGGAGUUCUUAGCAGGAUCCCAACAUUCCUCUAUCCCAGAAAUCCGAGUUCGGCCCUGCACACCCUCCCGACGGGACUCCUCAUCUGCGUUUAGUAACCCACCUACUGCAGCCCCAACAGGUCCUGCUCAAGACCGGUCGGACAAUGCAGUACCGGUGUUCCUUCCACGGCCAGGUUUCCGUGAGCAAAUUGGACGUGAUAGAAAAGACAGCGAUAGCUUCUUACCUCUCAUGAGGUCACACAGUGAACCAGGUCUCAGCUCUUCAACGGACACAGGUGAUUUCAGUCUCUCAGGAGGCAAUAAAGGAAUCAGUGAGGGGGGAUCGCAGACCUCAUCAGAAACAGGGGUAUCAUCUGAAGCUGGUUUGCUGCCUCGCUCCUCUCUGCCACUUCCUGCUUCCCUGCCCAGAAAGGGCAGCAUUAAGGCUGUAAGUAGCCGGUUGCCCUCAAAGCAAGUCCCAGCCACCUCACUGCGUUUACCCAAAGACUGCGCACGCUCACUUGGAGACCUCAAGGUCACUAAAGUUUUAGUGCAGCGUUUCCUGCAAAGAUCCAAACGUAACUUAGCCCCUGUAACUGACCAUGCUGGAAACUGUACUGGGCCUAAAAGAAGAACAGGAGGUGAAGGAAGUCUGCCGUUGGAACAGGUGCUUCGAAACUCUCUGGGGGCCAACAGGGGGCAGCAACAGCACGUCCACCACCACUGCCGUGGACACCAUCACUCCCAUAGUGACAGUCGCCAUAAUGCCCGCCGCCAUGAUGAUGACCCUGUAAGGACCGGAGGAAUCCACUUGCGUAGCUGCGGAGACCUCAGCUCGACAUCGGUCGCAUCACUGCGCAGACUCCACCCACCCCCGCACGGAUCAUCAGGGGCUCUUUACUCAGAAUCUGCCCUUUGAAAAGGAAUAAAUCACUGCUGGAUUCAGAAAAGAGGGCAGAGAAAAUUUGAGGAAAGAAUAACAGGUGGGAGAUAGGUUUGAGAUAUGCAAAGGGUGAUGUGAAGCAGAUAAAUAUGCUGUUUGAACAACAGUAUGAGUUUUUAGCUGUUCUUACAGUAACAAAAAACAGAACACUACUGAACAUAACUGAGUUUAACCCUUCAGACCCACUGCUCUGUGCCUGACAAACUCUGGUCCUUCUGUUUUGUAUUUCCAUUUAUUUUUUUGCUUCAUCUAGUGCUUUUUCUCGCUCACUGUUUACAUUCAUAUGGAAAGAAUGCAGCACCUCUGACACAGUUUCUUGUCUUCACAGCUCAUUACAAUGCACUCAUGCAACUACAAACAUACAACCAUAUGUUUGGCUGUAACUAUGUUGUGAACUUGGGGGGAAUUUAAAGGAAUUAAAAAAUUAAAGGAAUUAAAAAGAGCAGUAAAAGAAGCAGGAUAAGAAUAUUUGUAAAGUAAUCAAUUUGAACUAUUUGGAAAUAUUAAGUCGAUUCAUUUUUUCAUAUGCCUAUGAUGAAAAUGGUAAAAUGUUUCAUAUCUCGUCACAUUCAAUUAUGCAUUACUUGAAUCACACAAAUGAUUCAGCCUAUAUUUUCAAUUCAAAAUGCCAAAAUUUAACAAAAAAAUUAGAGUAGUUUGCAUCAUUGGAUAAUACUCUCAGUCAUUUAGCAUUUUUGUCUUAAAACAGUUAACUACUUACAUCUUACCUUGCAUUCUUUCACUGUUAAAAACUGGGAGCGUUAUGCUGGAAUUCAUGUUUGGUAACUGUAAACUGUAAAACCUGCUUUCUUGGUUUAGAAAGGGCAUCUCAAUCAUUUUGACAUUGAUGAGAGCUGUUAAAUCGUUGAGGCAAACCAGCCUAAAAUGUAAUGUUUUAAAACUUUUUGUCAUCCUAACAACAAACAGAGCAACUAGGAAUACCAAAUACUGAGAGGAACAAUUCUGCUUUUCUAAAUAUUGGAUUGCGGGUGUUUAUGAUGGUUACGGCCCUGUAAACAUACACAUGCAAUAUAAUGCAUGACCUCACGCUCAAAUGUGGUGUUGAAUUCUUUUGUAACCAGCCACUUAAUGCUUUUCACUAAACACUUUUCACUAACUGACCAUCCCGCGAAGCGUAGCUAAAUAAUUCAUGCAUCAUCUUGCAUACAGUGCCUUGCUAAAGUAUUCGCACCCCAUUUUUUUUCAAGUUUUAUGUUGCUGGCUUAUGUUAAACUGCUUUAAAUUACUUUUUUCCCCCACAUCAAUCUGCACUCUACACAACAUAAUGUCAAAGCAAAAACAGAAUUGUCACAGCUUCGUAAAUUUAUUAAAAACAAAAAACCUGAAAUAAGUGCAUUGCAUAAGUAUUCAUACCCUUAACUCAGCACCUUUACAGCCUCAAGUUUUUUUGGGUAUGAUGCAACAAGCUUUGCACAUCAGCAUUUGGCAAUUAUCUGCUUUUUUCCUCCUCACCUCUUCACCCCUCAAGCUCUGUCAGCUUGGAUGGGGGCAGAUGCACAUUUUCAGGUUUCUCCAGAAAUAUUUGAUUGGGUUCAAGCCAAGGCUGUGGCUGGGCCACUCAAGGACAUGUCUAUAAGCCACUCUUGCUGUGAGCUUAGGGUCACUGUCCUGUUGGAAGGUGAACGUUCUGCCCAGUCUAAGGUUCUAAAUGCUCUGUGCUGGGUUUUCAUUAAGGCUAUCUCAGUCCUUGCCAUUGAAAAACAGCCCCACAGUAUAAAGCUGCUACCAGCACAUUUUACUUUAGGGAUGGUAAUCUACAGGUGAUGAGCAGUGCCUGGUUUCCUUUAUAUAUGAUGCUUGGAAUUGAGGUUCAUCAGACCAGAGAAUCUUGUUUCUCAUAGUCUGAGGGUCCUUCAGGUGCUUUUUUGCUAAUUCAAAGUGUGUUUUCAUGUGUCUUCACUAAGGGGAGGAUUGAGUUUGGCCACACCGCCAUAAAGCCUACAUUGGUAGAGUGUUGCAGUGAUGUUUGUCCUUCUGUAAAUUUUUUCUAUCUCCACAUAUGAUCAUAAAGCUCAACUAGAGUGACCAUCAGGUUCUUAGUCACCAGUCUAACCACAGUCCUUCUCCAUCAAUUGCUCAGUUUGGCCAGGAGGCCAGCUCUAGGAAGAGUCCUGGUUGUUUCAAACUUCUUCCAUCAAGGGUAACAGAGACUACAUGUUUCUAUGAACCUUCAGUGCGGCAGAUUUUUUUCUGAACUCUUCCACAGAUCUGUGCCUUGCAAAAAUACUGUUUCUGAGCUCUACAGGCAGUUCCUUUGACCUUAGAGCUUGGUUUUUGCUCUGAUAUGGAUUUUCAGCUUUUAGACCUUUUAUUGAGAGAUGUGUGCUAUUCCAAAUCAUACCCAUUCAGUUGAAUUUGCCACAGGUUAACUUCACUUGAAAAGUAGUAACAUCUAGAAGCAAAAUGAAUGCUCCUGAGCUAAAUUCCAACUGUCCCAUAUAAGGGUUUAUAUACUUAUGCAACAGAAUAAUUUGUUUUUUAUUAUUAAUACAUUUGCAAAGAUGUUAAAAACCUGUUUUCUGCUUUGUCAUUAUGGUGUAUGGAAUGUAGAUUGAUGUGAAAAAAAAAGUAAUUUAAAGCAGUUUAACAUAAGGCAGCAACAUAAAACAUGAAAAAAAUGAAGGGGUAUGAAUACUUUCGCAAAGCACUGUAUAAAAUAUGGCUGUUUUUAACUUCACAUCAUCUCAACAGCUGAGGUUGAAGCAGCAAUGGAUUCAUUUGCUUCUUUGUAGAAGUGCAUGUACUUUCUAAAACAAGAUCAUUUCAUUGGAGCUUUGAUCUUUUGCGUCUGUGUCUCUCAUGGUGGACUCUAGCUUCCCAGCCUGUGUAAUACUUUCUUAGAAUGCCUCUGCAUGUAUUGAGAAGGCUUGUUUUCUCUUUCUGACUGAACACCAAAUGCACUAACACACACCGAUACAGACAUGCUUGUGAGAAAACUAGAUGCCACUAAUGCAAAGAAAUGUUUGAAGGAAUUUUGGGUUUUAUAAUAUAGAUGAUUCUCUGGCAAUAAACAUACUUGUACAAUUAUGUACAGACAUUGAACUAUUACAGGAAGUUGGCACCUCGAAAACUGAUUUCACGAGAUGAUCACUGGACGAGAGACGAUGAACCCUGUCAAACUGAUACGUUCAAGGAUUUUUCAAUGUUACGGACAAUUUGGGAAUGAGACAGCCAUGGACUUCUGGUGUAUCUGCUUUGUUGUAUUCUGAAAUGGAUGUACAUCUAAAGGAAUAGCUGCAGUUGUCAAUUGUUUAGAAGUGCUUUGGAAUGUUAGCUAUGAAUCAGUAGCAAUGUUGCUAAAUAAUACAUUAAUACACUUGCUCUAUAUGUAAAUAACUUUGAUGCACGGACCCUUCUGCUGACACACAUUCUGCAACUUUUGAAGCACUGAAACCAAGUCUGAAAAAGAGCUUGAUAUUCUACCUCUUGUAUUGCAUACACUGACAUGUUAUGGCCCAGUGGAAUAUUUUAAUUAAUUUAAAGAUUUUAUGGACUAUUUAUGAAAAAAAAAAAAAAAAAAAAACCUUCUACACUGACUAAUGAAAACACUGUUAUUCUGGGAAAAUGAUGCCUAAAAAGAACAUUUAAAACAGCUCUACUUCAUGAACUUUUAAUGCAAGUUAUGUAAAAUCACAACAAUAAAUGUAUACACAUCAAA